GUCUGUUACAGUUUAACAUGCCUCUUCCUCACUCUACAAGCAUCUCUUACUCCCUAUUUCGUGGUCUGAAUGGCGGACAUUGUAUCCUCCACAACGCAACAGGACGAUAAUCAUUCAAAUGCGCAUGCCAAUGGUCAUCCUGGUCCAAAUGGCACGACAACACCAAACCUAACUGCCGACCGUUUUCGCGUCCGUGCUGAAGUGACAGGAGCAGAUGAAGAUCGUCACCAUCCCCUUGAACUGAAACCUAUCAAGGUCGGGAAUCCGCCACCCAGUCGCAUACCCAACACGCCAUUGUCUGUGGCGACUAUCUCGUUUCUCCUUGGAACUGUCUUCGCAUUUGGCCUCACCGUUUGCUUCCUGGGAGAAUCCUGGGGUUUAUGGUGGUCAAGGUAUCAGCUAGGAAUAUACAUAGCUGCCUGGGCGGUAUUCCACUGGGGGGAAUUCGCCGUUACUGCAGGCUGGAAUCUCGAGAAGUGUAGUGUCGAUUCGUUCUUGCUCGAGAAUGGCUCUACAUAUCAUCUCGCACAUACCUCUGCAUUAUUUGAGUACCUAAUAACGUUACACUUCAAGCCAGAACUGAAGUCUUAUCCUUACAUCUCAAUAAUUGGCCUUGUCUUGCUUAUAAUCGGACAGGCACUGCGAUCUGCAGCCAUGGUUCAUGCCUCAACGAGUUUCUCUCAUCAAGUUGCGUUCAGAAAGCUGGACUCGCAUAGACUUGUUACGGACGGCAUUUACGCAUGGUUCCGACAUCCAUCGUACGCCGGAUUCUUCUAUUGGGCUUUAGGAACACAACUGCUCUUGCAGAAUCCUGCAAACUUCGUGUUCUUCGCCAUCAUCCUAUGGCGAUUCUUCUAUCACAGAAUAGGACCUGAGGAAGUAGCCCUCGUGCGAUUCUUUGGGCAAGCCUAUGUCGAUUAUAGGGCACAAGUAGGAACAAGGAUACCCUUCAUUCCAUAAUGUAGUACCAGUCUGUGAAUGGGCACUGCGACGGAUCUUACAAGUAGUAAAGCAUAUACAUAGACGACAUUGACCAUGUUUGGACUAGGUUAUAAAGGUCAAUUCCCUUUCGUC